AUGAGAUUCAAAAAUCAUCUUCUGGUUUUCUGUGCUGGAGCAAUUAUAUUCACAAUUCUUAUAAUAAGUCAUGGAAUUUAUAGCUUUGAUAGUUCUGUCAUUUUAAUAGAUGAAAAAUGGCAGAAAAUUAUACAGAGAAGACAGAGAGAAGUGAACGAAUCAGUCGGAUGUCAUGAUUUUCUGGAUAAGCUGAAAACCAAAAUUCCUGUGUCCGUGUUAUUGAUAGAUUUGACGAUUUUGGAAUUGAUUGGAAAAAGUAAAUGUGAUCAAUUGAAAUUGUAUGAAACGCCAAUUGAGGUAGCUACCAGCAUCAGGAAAGAUUUAAACUUCAUUCCACGAGACCUAUUCCAGCCAUUUUUCUUCGAAGUCAACCAACAAAAAGACUACCUGGAAUUAGACACAAAACCGAGACGAAUUAUUCCAAAAAGUUUCGAAACGGUGAAGUUUGGAAACUUGGCAGUUCCCUUGAAGCCAUUCAGGUUUCGAAAGUUUUGGGAGAAAUCCAGACUUAUCGAAUGCUCAAAUAGUACAGUACACCGGAAAGAAACGGAUAAAAAAAGGAAGAUCAAUUUGGAGUUAGCCGUUUUCGAGUUAUCACGACUUCAGAAUCUGAUGAUCCAAUAUGAUAUGUUUCCAUUUAUCAGUGAGGGCACUUUACUUGGCUGGUACCGAGAAUGCUCCAUCAUUCCUCAUACCCAGGACAUUGACAUCUCCGUGUUUGCUUCUGAAUUCAAUCCGAAGUUUGUCGAUGAUAUGAGAAGCGGAAGAUCCAUUUUUAGGUUGAGCAGGAGACUAGGAAAACUGGACGCACUGGAACUGACUGUAGCUCCACGACAGGGAUAUCAUGUGAACAUGGAUAUAUUUUUGAUGUAUCAAGAGACAAAUGAAACGACUGAGAUUGAUUUCAACUGGAUUUCAGGGCUGAAAGGCGACGGAGAACGUCUCCGCUAUCAUUUCCCAUUAUUCGAGCCGAUUUGUUCAGCAGAUCUAUUGGGACAUUUAGUAUGGACCACCUGUGACCCAGAAAAAGCAAUAAUCCACGAAUACGGUGAACGAUGGUUUGAAGACAUCCCAACAAAAAACUACAGUUGGUUCGAAUCAGUUUACAAUGUACAACGAAAUGUGGAAUGGUAUUCGAAUUGGGAAUUGAGUAAAAUUAAAUUUGAGGAUGGGUAUCCGACAAAGUGA